AUGGGAAAGGAUUACUAUUCCAUUUUGGGAGUUAGCAAAGACUGUACAACAAAUGACCUAAAGAAAGCGUACCGAAAGAUGGCCAUGAUGUGGCAUCCAGAUAAACAUAAAGAUGUGAAAUCAAAAAAAGAAGCCGAAGAAAAAUUUAAAAAUAUAGCUGAGGCAUAUGAUGUUUUAUCCGAUGAGGAAAAAAGAAAAAUUUAUGAUACAUAUGGUGAAGAGGGAUUAAAGGGUUCUAUACCUACAGGAGGAAAUACUUAUGUUUAUAGCGGAGUUGAUCCGUCUGAAUUGUUCAGUAGAAUUUUUGGUUCUGAUAGUAAUUUUUCAUUUACUUCAGCCUUUGAUGAAGAUUUUUCCCCUUUUACUACUUUUGUCAAUAUGACUUCGAGGAAGGCAAGACCUAACACCACCACAAAUAUAAACUCGAACAACUACAACAAACCCGCAACGUAUGAAGUGCCGCUAUCCCUCACGUUAGAAGAGUUAUAUAAUGGAUGUAAAAAAAAAUUAAAAAUAACAAGAAAAAGAUUUAUGGGUACAAAGAGCUAUGAAGAUGAUAACUACGUUACAAUUGAUGUAAAAGCAGGAUGGAAAGAUGGUACUAAGAUAACAUUUUAUGGUGAAGGAGAUCAAGUUUCACCUAUGUCACAACCAGGUGAUCUUGUAUUUAAUGUUAAAACAAAAACACAUGAUCGAUUUUUAAGAGAUUCGAAUCAUUUAAUUUAUAAAUGUCCUGUUCCGCUAGAUAAAGCUUUAACAGGAUUUCAGUUCAUUGUAAAAUCGUUAGACAAUAGAGAUAUAAAUGUUAGGGUAGAUGAUAUUGUUACACCGAAGACUAGAAAAAUUGUAUCAAAGGAAGGUAUGCCUUCUUCAAAGAAUCCAAGUGUAAGAGGCGAUUUAAUUGUAGAAUUUGAUAUUGUAUUUCCAAAAAGUUUAACUAGCGAAAAGAAAAGAAUAAUUAGGGAAACGCUAGCUGACACCUUUUAA